AAAUUUCUAUUUUGAUCCGGGUUGAUUUCCGGUCAAAGACGAGCAGGAUGGCGACUCACAUGUCGAGGUGCAGGACUUUGUGUCGGCUUCAGAGGUUUGGAAUUGCAGCCUACAGAAAGUACAGCACAGGUGGAGGAUAUCCCAAUAUCUCCCUCUCUACGCCGCUGCCUGGCAUCCCAAAGCCAGUGUUCGCAUCCGUGGACGGUCAGGAAAAAUACGAGACCAAGAUCACCACUCUAGAAAACGGCCUCAAAGUUGCUUCUCAAAACAAGUUUGGUCAAUUCUGCACGGUUGGAAUUUUAAUAAAUUCUGGAUCGAGACAUGAAGCAAAAUAUCCAAGUGGAAUUGGGCACUUCUUAGAAAAACUCGCCUUUUCUUCCACAGCUCAGUAUGGGAGUAAAGAUGAAAUCCUUCUCACACUGGAAAAACACGGGGGCAUUUGUGACUGCCAAACAUCGAGAGACACUACCAUGUACGCCGUAUCUGCAGAGGUCAAAGGUCUGGACACUGUGGUCAGUCUGCUAUCUGACGCCGUUCUUCAGCCUCGCCUGCUCGACGAAGAGGUCGAGAUGAUCAGAAUGGCCGUACGCUUUGAGUUGGAAGAUUUGAACAUGAGGCCGGACCCCGAGCCGCUGCUGACGGAGAUGAUCCACGCUGCUGCGUAUCGCGGGAACACCGUUGGCCUUCCUCGAUUCUGUCCUGCAGAGAAUGUGGACAAGAUAGACAAGGCGGUUCUUCACAGCUAUCUGCGUAACUACUACUGCCCGGAGCGCAUGGUGCUGGCCGGCGUGGGCAUCGAGCACGAGCAGCUAGUCGACUGCGCCCGAAAGCAUCUGCUGGACGCGAAGCCCGUGUGGGGAGCGAGUUUAGCCACCAAUGUGGAUCUCUCUGUAGCGCAGUACACAGGCGGCAUCGUAAAGAUGGAGAAGGACAUGUCUGACGUGAGUCUCGGUCCGACGCCGAUCCCAGAACUCACCCACAUCAUGAUCGGCUUGGAGAGCUGCUCCUUCCUGGAGGAGGAUUUCAUCCCGUUCGCUGUGUUGAACAUGAUGAUGGGAGGAGGCGGCUCCUUCUCAGCAGGAGGGCCUGGGAAAGGCAUGUUCACUCGUUUGUACCUGAACGUUCUCAACAGGCAUCACUGGAUGUACAACGCCACUUCCUACCAUCACAGCUACGAGGACAGCGGGCUGCUCUGCAUCCAUGCGAGCGCAGAUCCCAGACAGGUGCGGGAAAUGGUGGAAAUUAUAACCAGAGAGUUCAUCCAGAUGGGCGGCAGCGCAGGAGAGAUGGAGUUGGAGCGAGCCAAGACUCAGCUGAAGUCCAUGUUGAUGAUGAAUCUGGAGUCCCGGCCCGUUAUCUUUGAAGAUGUCGGGCGCCAGGUUCUGUCUACAGGAAAGAGAAAGCUGCCUCACGAGCUCUGUGACCUCAUAAGCAGCGUGACAGCCAGCGACAUAAAGAGAGUGACCACCAAGAUGCUGCGGAGUAAACCUGCAGUGGCGGCUCUGGGAGAUCUGACGGAGCUACCGACGUACGAACACAUCCAGGCGGCGCUGUCCAGCAAAGAUGGCCGUCUGCCUCGCAUCUACCGCCUCUUUCGAUAAGACGCCGCUGCUGCUGCGUAACCCUGAUGGGACGAUUACUUUAUCGUUUCCUCUCAAACAGAACUCGGCACCGCUCAGUCUGGGAGAGGACCGGACGUUUUUAAAGAAACUCUUUCUGCUGCGCUCAGCUGGGGAAUCUGUAUUUAUUGUCCAGGAAGCCACAAAUUACCAGGAGUUUGGUUUUAAAGGGACGGUUUUUCCUCCAAAAAACAAAAUAAUUAUGUUGCUUGUUAGUUUAUGGAUAAUUCAGAAGACCCGGUUUCUAAAUUGCUUCCGUAAAAAUUAUAAUGUUCUUGCCCCAAGGUGGAAAUGAUACUUUCUGUUAAUGCUGCCUGAAAUAAUUAACUUCAGAUAUGCAGGUUUUGACUCCACAGGAUUAAAUACUUCCCUAGCUGAACAUCUUUAAAAGAAGCAAAUGUUCUUUCUGUACACUAGAUUAUGGACAGCUAUGACAUGCAUUUUAUCCCAGGAAAUUACAGUUGUUUGUAAUAAAGAUUUGGAGAAUGAGGUUGUGAGAAUGAGGAAUAAGAUGGACUUUAGACAAAAUUGGUUAAAUUUAGUUAUUGUCCAGCGAACUAAUUCAAUAGAACCUCAGCUAAGAUGUUUCUGUAUUGGAGAUAAGUAAAGAUCUUAUCUAACUUCAUCUAAUUACCAUAUUUAUUAACUUCAUCUCCCCAUCUAUGCACAUUUGAAACACCAACAUAAAAAAGUUUAAUAGAGGAGGGUUUAAGUGUUAUUACUGAUGUAGCUUUAAUAAAAUGUUUCAGUCCAGAACAUAUAAAAAUUUUUUUUCACAUUUCUCGAAUGUGAAAAAAAAAGUUAAUUAUUGGAAAGUCUAUUUUUGAAAAAUAUCCAGAAAAUUUUACAGAUGCAAACUUUUCUGGCUGGAUCUGUAAAAAAAUAACUUCCUGAUCUGUUUUCUACCCAACAGCCACAAACACCUAAGAUGUUAUAAAUACUAAUCGAUUUGCAUCAAUUGAUCCAUCGCGGAACUCCUAUUGUACUUUUCCGUUAAUCAAGAAAUUAGAAAACAAUGAAACACUAGUUGCUGUGGUAACCGCUAAGGAGUAGAGGCUUAGGCAAACAGGAAUAAAGAUAAGAAUUUGAGCCUCAAACAAAUAAUAUGCAAAAAUUGUAGCUUAUACCAUAAAUACAGCUUUUUUAUGAUUUUGGGAUCAUGGAAAUUCAUGGAGAAUUCUGCAUUUUUGUUUUCCAAUAAUGCAGGAUUGUGAGUUUGACAAUACUGCAAUAAUAAAAUACAGACGAGAAGCAAUUACUUCAAAUCAAUUUAAGUUCCAUAUUUAAAGAAAAUAAAAAUAUGGAUGCACAAUAAUCUACGUUUCCUUUACAAAUGUGCACAAAACUUUAAUAUUCUGAUAAUGCAUAAAAACAUAAUUUUGUGGUUGACGUGUUUCCAGUAAAUAAGAUACGCGAUUAAAAAGCACACGAGUAAGUUCAGUCAUUAAAAAUAAGAAACUUUUCAGCAAUAUAUGAGCUUGUUUGCUCAAAUAUUGAUUUCCUAGAUUUAUAUACAUGUCCUACACACCUCUAAGAACUUAUACAACUCUUAUAAAACUACUUAUCUAACUACAAUUGACUAAUCCAUACAUAAGAAACUACAGUGUAAAACUAUGUAAGAAUCAUUAAAGUCAAACUUGUAUUCCCACAAUUCCCCUUUUGACCUGUGCCAAGAGCCCACCUCGGUUGCUAUUCUGAUUGGAUCCCAAUACAUGGUACAGAGAGGCCAUCAGCCUGCAGUCAGACAUGAUCUUUGAUCUGGAGUUUUAAGCCUUCUUUCUCAGGAUUCUACCUACAGAGCUACAAUCAGCUCCAUUCCCUCUUGGUCAAUGUCUUCUUCAUUGAUGCCUCGAAACAACAUCUGGUAGGGAGGUGGAGCUGAGGGGCUACUAGUCCCCUCUUCAAUAGCGGCAGUAAUGAGACGACAGUGGUACAUGGCAAAAUCUACUUUUAACGACAAUAGCUAAAAAUGUAGCAGUAGAAACUGACAUAAUUCCCAAACAUGUUGGUGAACCACUUAUCCAGCCCUCCGUCAAUCCCUGAAUCCUUGUGCAUAGUUUUACUCAAAGGUUUUUAGACCUUCUAAUGCUUUGGUUAUGGACCCAUCAGGCGUGCCAUUAUUGGGUAUAAAAGUGCAGCACAUAUCUGCAAACAUGGAUGAUACUCCCCCAUCUUUGGCUAGCAAUGUGUCUAAAGCCAUCCUGUUUUGCACUGCCUUUAAGGAAGUGGGGGCCAGUUGGUCUUUUAGACCUUCAUCUCGUGUCAGAUUGGCUAACCUCAAGACAUUAUAAUGGACAUAGCUGAUUAGGUCAACGUCUUUGUUGGGAGUAACUGGGAACAGUGAAGAUACCAAAGGUAUGUUUGUAAACCCUACUGCAAUUUUAUCCGCUAAUUUAUAUUCAUCCAGAGCUCCUCUGGGAACACCUAUAGCGUUGAUGUAGGUGGAGGAGUUAGAUCAAAAAUGUUAGCCGAGCGUCUACUAAACACUAGUCUUUUUUUCUUUUGCAUGUGAGAGAGCUUGGAAAAUGUUCUUGUGCAAUAGGUUAAAGUUUUUUGCCCACAACCAUGAGUGGCGAGACGAGUCAUAGCACAGAGUCCCUGAACUUCAUGGGAAACCCCUAGAUAUAGUGUGUUGCCCUCGCAGUAGUAGGAUAGUCCUUCAUAGACAUUCAUUGACUCUAUUAUUGAUGAAAAUUUAUGUUGAUGUUUCCUAUAAUUUUCUUCACAUCUCUGCGAUAAACUGCAAACUUUUAACAAUA